AUGGACUCCCACGAACGGCACACGCGCGUUCAGGAGGCGCUGCUCCCCUUCCGCCGCCUCUGCGACGGCGGCCGCGCCUACGCCAAUGUGCAAACGGUGGUGGUGGAAGGCGACGACAUGGCGGAGGCGCUCCUGCGGUACGCGGCCGAGUCCGGCGUGCGGAGCUUGGUGCUCAGCUCCGUCUCCUUCCGGUGGUUCCAGAGGCAGGCGAUGGCAAACGGCAAGUGCUGCGGCAGAAGAGAAGGAGCCGUGGAGACUGGAGAGUACAUAGGUGGGCCAUGGCUCGAGCGGCAGCACCGCAGCAGAUACAACUUCCAAGGCGGCCGGUCAUGUCACUGCCCCCGCUCCGCCGCCUGCUGCUCUCUGCUCUGCCGCUGCUGUCCCCUCCUCGCCCUCGCCUCCAUCAAUGCCGCCAUCUCACCGCCCACCGCCCAGCACCCAGCCGCUAUAUCCCACGCCCCAGGCCUCCUCCUCCUCCACCAGUCCCGGUGCGCUCUCAUGGAGGCCACGGCGGAAGCGGCCGCCAUACUUUUCUCCAUGCGCGAGCCCGGCCCCGUCCCUGACGACGGCGCCGCGCCGCCUGCCUCGGUUCCUGCGCGGCCGGACAUUGAUUUGAACAGGGCGGCUAGCGACGACGAGGGCGGCGGCUGGGCUGCCGAUCACUCGGCUCUGCACAAUCAAAUUGAAAAUGCCACCGUCCAAGCCUGGAGGGCCACAAAGCGUGCUGGGACUGACGAGGGAAGAGGAAGGCCACCAUCCAAGCCUGGAGGCAAGCGGUUCAGGGUUACUGGUGAUGUGCAGACUGGCCAGGAUCAAAUUGGCAACGCGACUCCACUGGGUAGGGCUGGAAGGCGUGGUGGCGCUGCUUCCAGGGGAAGAGGAAGGCCACCGUCCAAGCCCAGAGGCAAGGGGAUCAGGGUUCCAGCUGGUGUGCAGACUGACAUGCCUCAGCAGGACCUCCCUCAAUGUAUCGUUGGAGAGGCAACCGGUGCAGGUAGAGUGCAGCAAGACCAUGGUUUGAACAAGGAACCUGAGAGCGCAGCCAUGAUAACGCCACAACCUGAGAGGGCUGUUAAUCAUACCGCUAUAUGCGCUUGUUGCGGUGCCAGUUGCACUGACGAAAGUGAAAGCCCGGCUUUGGAGCCUAGGGGAAAUGAACCCCCAGAAAUUACCACCACAGACGAAGCCACUGCAAUGCCGCCGGUGCCAGAGAGGGUUGAUGUAGGCCCAGGGUAUAUAACUGGCAGAAAGUUAGGUCAAGGUGGCUCUGGCAAGGUCUAUGUUGGCAGACAAAUACCUGUUACUCUUGGAGGUCCAAGCAAGGAGGUUGCACUAAAAUUUGAGCUUCGAAGAAGCAAAGCAGGUAGCUAUGAUCCCCCAUUUGAGUGGCAAGUCUAUCAGGCUCUCAAUGGUUGUUAUGGUAUACCAUCUGUACACCACAUGGGUUGCCAAGGAGACUACUGCAUUCUUGUAAUGGAUAUGCUUGGUCCAAGCCUCAAGGAUGUUUGGUAUUCACAGGGACAGGAGGUGACAUUUCAAAUGGGUGCUUGUAUUGCCAUUGAAGCCAUAUCAAUUCUUGAGAAGAUCCAUUCGAAAGGCUUUGUACAUGGUGAUGUGAAACCUGAAAACUUUUUGCUUGGUCAGCCUGGAUCAGCUGAUGAAAAGAAGAUUUUCCUGGUUGAUUUUGGUUUAGCAUCCAACUGGAAAAGGAACAUAGCGUCAUCCAACAUGCAUGUUCAAUAUGACCAGAGGCCAGGCAUUUUUAGGGGAACAGUUAGAUAUGCGAGUGUCCAUGCCCAUUUAGGUCGUACAAGCAGUAGGAGGGAUGAUUUGGAAUCACUAGCAUACACCCUUAUGUUUUUAUUACGAGGAAGCUUACCAUGGAAAGGCAUUCAGGAAGAUAACAGGAGCUUUCUUGUUUGUAAGAAGAAAAUGGAAACUUCUCCAGAGAUGCUGUGUGAAUUCUGUCCUGAUCCAUUCAAACGUUUUGUUGAGAUGGUCACUACUAUGAAAUUUGAUGAAGUACCAAAUUACCGAAAACUUGUUUCUCUGUUUGAGGAUAUGAUUGAAGGACCUGCUUCAAGACCCAUCAGGAUCGAUGGAGCUCUAGAGGUUGGAAAUAAACGUGGGAGAAUGGUAGUAAAUCUUGAAGAAGAUGAACGGCCUAUGAAAAAAGUUCGGUCGGGGAACCCAGCAACUCAGUGGAUUUCGGUUUAUAAUGCUAGUUGGCCCACAAAGCAGCGAUACCACUACGAUAUAUCUAAUUCAAGGCUGCAUCAGUGUAUAGAAGAAGGUAAUGAAGCUGGCUUGUUGAUUAGUUGCGUAGCUUCUGUAACAAAUCUGUGGACUCUCGUCAUGGAUGCUGGGACUGGUUUUUCUUCUCAAGUUUACGAGGUUUCCCAAUUUUUCGUGCACAAGGAGUGGAUUAUGGAGCAGUGGGAUAAUAAGUUUUACAUAACAUCAAUAGCUGGAGCAACCAAUGGAAGCUCAUUGGUUGUAAUGUCCAGAGGAACUCCAUAUACACAGCAGGCAUACAAAGUCAGUGAAUAUUUUCCUUAUAACUGGAUCAAUAGAAAGUGGAAAGAAGGUUUUCAUGUCACAUCUAUGGGAACCGCCGGAAAUCGUUGGGUAGUUGUCAUGUCGAGGAAUGCGGGUUACUCUGACCAGGUUGUGGAGUUGGAUUUUGUGUAUCCGAGUGAAGGAAUCCACCGGCGAUGGGAGAGUGGUUACAGAAUAACUUCAUGUGCAGGCACGCCUGACCAAGCAGCUUUUAUCUUGAGCAUACCAAAGAGGAAGCCAAUGGAUGAGGCCCAGGAAACCCUUCGAACUUCUGCCUUUCCCAGCGACCGCAUGGUGAAGGAAAAAUGGGCGAAGAAGCUAUGCAUUAAUUCAGUCUGCUAUGGGCGAACCAAGUGUUGA